AUGGCUUUAGCCGGUUUUUGCCGCUUGUCCGACAAACCGUACACCUGCACGUCGUGCGGCUUCGUCCUCGACGACUCCAUGCUGAAAAAAUACGACGGUGGAGGCGACUACCCGUUCCAAGUUCACGCCAGUCAACGCCCGCAAUGCCGGUACGUGCGCAAUUUCACGGACCCGCGACUCGAGGAACUGAAGUACCUCGAAGGGUGUGCCGCGACCGUUGUGCAACACAUCAUGCCGUCGGUGCCCGUCUACAAGAAUCCCAUUAAACGACUCGAGAGUUUUCGUUCCACACCAGUCGUAGAACGCUGGUGGAGCGAUCGAAUGGAGCAAGACUUGGUGACUGCGGGCUUCUACUACGCUGGAAACAUCGCUAAAGUGGGUGAAUGUAAAUGUUUCCACUGUAACGUGACAGUGCUCGGCUGGCACUCGACGGAUGAUCCUUGGGAAAUACACGCCAAGUUUUCUCCCAAGUGCGAAUUCUUGCGUCUUCACAAGACACCUGACUACAUCUACUCGAUCGCCAAGUCGUACGUGACUUCCGAGAUGUACUGGGCGAUGCAGCUGAAAGAGAUCCGCCACCUGUUGUCGUCGCCGCAACACCGUCUCGCGACUAUGAACUUGCUUCGUUUGAACGUGAACCUGUCUAACCCCGACAACGUCUACGACAUGAUCAAGCACGUCAUCCUGGACAAGCCAUGUCCGCAUCUCUUCGAGGCUAGAGACCGCAGUUCCAAUUUCGUGAUCGUAGAUUUCGGCCGAGACACGGUCGACAGCAUAUGCGAUACGUUCGACUCUGCCCAGCGUUAUCAGCCACAAGCCGUAAAGGAAGAAGAAGAAGACAACGAGCAACAACAACAGUCGCUGUGCAUCGCAUGCAAGUUGGCACCAGCAACCAUAGCGUCUUUACCAUGUGCACACUGCGUUCUCUGUUUCGAUUGUAUUUGCACUCGACAGCAAUGUUUCGUGUGUAAAAAAUACAUUCGCAAAGUUUUGCGCAUCUAUUAUGGUUGA